CUUGUAAAGGGGACUGAUUUGUAUUGUUUAUAAUGUAAAUAUCAUUUAAAUUUUUAUUUAUACAUGAUUUAUAUUUUAUAAUUAUUACAAUGGAGGUAAGUCGAGAAAUAGAAACUGCAGCAAGUAUAAAUAAUGUGAAAUCAGGAAGAGGGGCCACCUCAAAAUCCUAUGCCAGCGUCAGAAGGAAUAUCGAAUGAGAAAAAAAAUCCAAAAACAACUUCAUACUCCAAAAAAAAUACCGAAAACAAACGCUCAAUAUCAAAAAGAAUUUCGGCAGAGACAAAAAGAAAAAUUACAACAAAAUGAAGCAUUGGAUCUUGCCAGUAAUUUUCCAGAAAGAAAAAAAAUGCUGAACGAGCCAAGAGAUAUAGAGAUAAACUGAAAUUAAAAAGGAAUUGUGCUGAACUUGACACAAUUAUAUCGUCCGCAGAAGAUUCAUCAUCAAUUGAAAUUGAGAAUGAAACUAAUUAUCGAAAUUAUACAAACUAUGAAGAAUUAAUUUCACGUAAUAGUCAAAUGCAACAGUCAAUGAAUAAUGAAUCUCAGCAAGUAAUAAGUCCAAGUGUUCCAUCUUUCAAAGCUCCAUACGAGGAACAUGGAAGUGUUUCUUCUGAGUUAUACCCUACAUCUUUAGAAGGGUAUCAAGUAAAUCAUGACUCAGGUGGAAAUAAUCAAGAAAAUGAAGAUUUUAUAAAGCAAGAAAUUCCUGGUGUUGAAAUACAUUCCCAGUUCAAUUUAGGAAAUUUGAACAAGCUAAUUUCGAAAAUGGAAAACGAAUCUGAAUCUCUUCUCAAUUUACUCUCUACUGAGAGACCAAAGGAUUAUUAUUCGAACAGCACAAUAGUUGAGCCUGAGUCUUAUAAAUAUGAGGAAGGGGAAUCAUCAGAUAACUAUAAUAUCCAGUACAAAAUUGAUGAAGAGAAUAUUGUAAGAGUGAAGAUUGAAGAUGAGAAUAUUGUUGAACAAUGUAUAGACGCAUACACACCGGAAGAGGAGAAGAAUGUAAGAGUGAAGAUGGAAAAUGAGGACUUUGUUGAACAAUUUACAGAUCAGUACAGAACUGAUGAAGAGAAUACUGUAAGUGAGAAGAUUGAACAUGAGGACAUUGUUGAAAAAUUGUUUCCAUCCUGAAAAUAAAUGAGUUCAUAGACAAGAAAUAAAUAAAGAAAUACUUCUUGAAAUUCAGGAAAUUGCCAAGGGCUGUGAAUAUUCUUCGGAACAUAAGUGUCACCUAUGUGGUCUAUUUAUUUAUUUAUAAAAUGUUACUCGUUAUUAUUAUGAUAACAAAAUAAAUCAUUUCAAGUAAUCUGAAUAAUACAGGGGGUUUACCCAGAAGUGACUAAAAUUUGUAUCUUCACUAUUCUUGUUAGUUUUCAAGAUAAUCAUUGUUUUUUAAUUGUUAGAGUUUCAAAUAUCUGAACUAUAUCUGAGAUUUUGUUAUUUCUGUAUUCUCGGCCCUUCUAAACAAUUCAAUAUUAUAUUUUCUCAAUCCUUCUUGAAAUAUUAGUAAUUAGGAAUUAGCCCAGGGCCAUAAAUAUUUUUCGGGGCAUAAGUGUCACCUAUGUAAUCUAUAUAUUUAUUUAUAAAAUGUAACUUGUUAUCAUUAUAAUCAUAAAAGAAAUCAUUUCGAGUGAUCUGAAUAAUACAGGGGGUUCAGCUAGAAGUGACUACAUUUUGUAUCUUUUUCUAUUUUUGUUAUUUUUCAAGAUAUACAUUGUUUUUUAAUUGUUAGAAUUCAAAUAUAUGUAUUAUACCUUCGAUUUUGAAAUAUCUGUAUUAUAGGCUCUUCAAAACAAUUCAAUAUUGUAUUUACUCAAUCCUUCUUGAAAUAUUAGUAAUAAGGAAUUUGCCAAGAGCGGUAAAUAUUUUUCGGAACAUAAGUGUCACCUAUGUGAUCUAUCUAUUUAUUUAUAAAAUUUAACUCGUUAUCAUUAUAUUAAUGAAAGAAAUCAUUUCAAUUGAUCUGACUAAUAGAGCUGGUUCACCCAGAAGGGAAUACAUCCUGUAACUUUUUCUAUUUUUGUUAGUAUUUAAGAUUUCAUUGUUUUUUAAUUUUAGAAUUUCAAAUAUCUCUAAUACCAAAAAUUGUACGAAUGAAAUAUUUAUUCUUGGUUAUUAAAUACUAUUUUUGAUA